CGUUGGGCGAGCAAGAUGUUGAUGCGGCCGACGAGCACGCCCUCGGUGGAUGGACCAGUUGUGCUUUGGCGCGGCUGGCUGCGCAAGCUCGGGCGCUUCAGCAAACGCUGGCAGCGUCGGUACUUUGUGUUUGUAAAGGGCACGGACGCCAAGGAGCUGCGCUACUACGACUCGUCCACGGCGACCCACCCGGAAGGUGUCAUGUCCCUCGCCGACGCGACAGGCGUCUGCUACUUGGACGCUGUGCAGGCACGGUCAUCGUCGCCUGGCGAGGCCUCGUCGUCCGACCACAAGUUUGCCAUCUUGACGGCCGAGAACGUAUGGCUCUUGGGCUUCAACGACCACGACGUUGAGUCGGCGCAAGAGGACGGUUUGGCGCUUCUCGGGGCGCUCUCAGCCUUCUAUCCGCUUGUCGACGUGUUGCAUGCCGGGUAUCUCUCCAAGCGGCGCGAGCGCACGGUGCAGAGUCCCAAGAGUAUCAUUGCCUACUGGAAGCGACACUUUUUUGUCUACUUGGCGUCCGGGGACCUGCUCUACUUCAACGACGACAGUCUCUCGACGCUUCAAGGACGCGUCGAUGUCAAGCAUGCGCCGACUGUGCGCGUCACGGGCGAGCAGCAGUCGCUUCUUCGCGCCAAGAAGGAAGCCGGCUUUUUCAAACUCACCAAGGCGCGCGCGUUGGAACACGGUAGCUGCCUCAUUUGGAUCGCGACGCCGCCGUCCAAAAUGUUUGUGCUGCAAGUUUACGACGAGAAGGAUCGAGUCGCGGGUGUGUCGGCGAGUGCCAAGAAAUGGCUGUCGCUGCUCUUGCAAGGCCACGCCGAAACCAAGUACGUGCAGCUCGAGCAGUGCUUUACGUCCAACAACUACGACCAAACGACCGAGGUGGUCUCGGCGCUGCGCGUCGGCAUCCCAGACGAGCUCCGGGGUGCGCUCUGGAAGGGCUUCUCGGGCGCGUACGACGCCCACGCAUCCGCCACCGCGCGGUCGCCGAUCAACGCCUACACGAACAGAGCCACGAACGCGGUGAUCGAAGCCAUGGUGCUCGACCGGCUCCAGGCGCUGUCAGUUCAUGGCGCCAAGCACCCGACCCGUCGAGGCAGCGACACGGACGACGACGUGCCGACAAGCGACCGCGGUGGCAAAAAGCCGUCGGCGUAUCCCAGCGACGCGGUCGUGCCCGAGUGGGAACUCGCAAGUCGCCGCCGCCUCCUCGUCGCACUGGCUCGCUACAAACCGUACUGCCACCCGUGUCCAUGGCGGGUCACGUGCCUCCUCUUGGCGUAUCUCGACGAAGAGAGUGCGUUCUGGGUCGUCAAUAGCGUGAUCGACCACAUCUUGCCGGGGUACUUUCACGGGUAUCGGCCAGCGCUCCUUGUCGACGGAGCGGUGUUUCGAGCGCUAUUGCACGACCAAGCGCCGUCGCUCUGCUAUCAUUUGGAGACGCUUUGCUUUCCGCUCGAUGCACUCGUCCAGCGCUGGUUCGUCUCGGUGUUUACCGCCACACAGCUCCCUCUCUCGACGGUGCUUCGUAUUUGGGACCUCGUCUUUGCCCAAGGCCUGCGCAUUCUGUUUGGCAUUGGUGUCGCGCUGCUUCUCAAGACCGAGCACCACCUCUUUGGCGCAGCGAACGUGUCGGAGGUGUGGGCGGCGCUGCAUGCGUCCGAGCGGAGCACGGUCGACGCCGAUGGGCUCUUUGCUCACGUCUUCAAGGACGAUCUGCACAUGCCAUGGCUCACGGACGAGUUGCUGGCGCGGCUACGACAGCACGAGCGCUCAACGCUCUUGGCGUCGAUUGCGAGUCGGAUUGCCAGCUGCCAUGCCAAGCUGAGCGUGUUGAACCGCGCCCAAGAAACGUACCAGUCGCUGCUCCAAGCCGUCGACAUCUACGACGAGCUGGGCAACCAGGAGGUCAUGGGCACUCUUCGUCGCCAGCUCGGUGACGCGGACGCGAGUGCCAUGGAGUUGGCGGUCGAGUUCAAAGAGUACCAAGCGCGGUGGGUCGCCUUGUCCAGCCAGGUGGCUGCGUGUCCGCUGGGGCUCCACGGCCACGCAUCGGACGUCCAGAGCUGGCUCGCGCAAGUCAAAGAAGGCAAGAUCUCGGGGGCCGGGACCGACGCCGCCGCCAACCAAGCAUUCGCGUGUCUCUUUCCGUCGGCCGCGCCGCUGCCCGACCCGUUUGAGCUCUCGAUCGACACGAUGGCAGAGCGCUUCUUGCUCGGGCUUGUCAUGGUCGCCAAGAGCGCGUGCGCGGCGCGACUGCAUUUUUUGGCCGCGCGCCAAGUCGCAUGGUGGCAUCGCGGGCAGUGGCUUGCGACCGUUUGCGUCGAGAAGAAGGCGUUGGUCUCGGACGCCAGCGGUGGCCUCGAGCCAAAAGACUAUGGCGUCGCUGAAGGUCAAUUCCUCGAGCGCGCCGAGCGUCUCCAAAUGUGCCUGCAGCAUUUUGCGACUGCCGACGGCGGACCGCUCCAAGCAACGGCCGAGGUCAUGGCAGGGGACCUCAAGGAGAGCUUUUUGCGGGUCGAGUGUGCGAUUCGAGGCCCGGCCUGGCUUCCGUAGUCUUUUCUUCCUUCUUCAUUCAGUCAAUGUACACAGAUGCUGAUGUCUUUGCUC